AUGAGCACCUUCAGUUAUGGUUAUGAUACUGGUAUUGCUGGCGGCGUUGUCAGUAAUCCCUACUUCCAACAGGUGUUUGGUUUGGACGCCGGAAACGCAAAUGACCUUUCUUCGAACAUCGUUUCUGUACUGCAAGCGGGCGCCUUCUUUGGCGCGCUCGGCUCUGCCCCACUGUCCGGUUGGAUUGGCCGUAGGUGGACGUUGAUCAUAUGUUCGCUGGUAUUCAUCCUCGGCGCCAUUCUCACCACGGUGGCAGAAAGUCAGAACGUUCGUGGAUUGUCGUAUAUUUACUCGGGACGUGUCAUCAGCGGCCUGGGUAUUGGCGCCAUCUCUUCUGUGGGCCCAACAUACGCUACCGAAAUUGCUCCCAAGAACAUCCGUGGCAAGAUCACUGGACUUUUCCAAGUUUGGGUGGCCGCUGGUGUUUUGCUCUCGUACUGGGUGAACUAUGGUGUCUCUAUUCACUCACCCCCCAACUCGCCCCAGGUUUGGCGGAUUCCCUUCGGUGUUCAGAUUCUUCCAGCAGGCCUCAUGGCUCUCUUCCUGCUCUUCUGCAGAGACACGCCCCGUUUCCUUGCGCUGAAGGGACGCAGACAGGAGGCUCUGGAUACGCUCUGUUGGUACCGACGUGCUUCACCACUCGAUGACGAGGUGAAGGAAGAGUUCGCCGAAACCGAAGCUACGGUCCUUGAAGAGAAAGGGGUCCGCGCAGGCUUGACUUUCCGAGAAGCAGUUUUCGGAAAGGGCAAUUGGCCACGAUACAUCAUUGCCUUCGUGUUCAUGCUUCUCCAGCAGUUCUCAGGACAGAACAUCGUUGGCUACUAUGGCCCGCAACUGUUCAAGUCUAUCGGUUACGUCGGCCAGACCCCAGCUCUCCUCGCAUCUGGUGUUUAUGGUAUCGUCAAGCUGGUGGCUACUGCUCUCUUCAUCGCCUUUGGUGUCGAUCGAUUCGGUCGUCGCUGGGCGCUUUUUGGCUCCGCCUGGGGUAUGGGCAUCACGUUCAUGAUCGUCGGAGCAAUUUAUUUGACCCAUCCUCCCAAUCCCAAUUCGCCCAACCCUUCUGGUUACUCCCAAGCUAUGGCGGCCAUGAUCUACCUGUUCUGUGUCGCUUACUCCUGGGGUAUCGGACCGCUUCCGUUCUUGUAUUGUUCGGAGAUCUUCUCCAACCGUACUCGUCAUAUCGGAAUGGCCUGGUCCGGCAUGAGCCAAUGGUUGUUCAACUUCACAAUCUCCAGGAUUGCUCUGGAUAUGGAGACCGCUCUUGGGGGCAAGGUCUUCAUUACCUUUGGUGCAAUUAACAUUGGCGGCAUGGCUACCUUUGCAUACUUCAUCCCAGAGACUAAGGGCAAGUCUCUCGAAGAGAUGGAUAUUAUAUUCGGCUCCGUGAAGGCUGAAGAUCGUAACAAGGAGAUCGAGCGUGCCGGGUUGGAGUACGCAGCUGAUAUGAAGAGGACCGAUCCCGAGAAAGGUGCCGUCGUGCGGCAACCAGAGAUGACGGAGGCCCCCAAGCCGGAGACAGCACACAUUGACAAUUCAGCAUGA